GUGUGACUCGAGAAGCCAUUUUUGCAUAUCCGAAGUAUCUAACCAUGGCGGCGCCGUUGGCCUUGCUCGUCGCCGCGGUGGCCAUAGUUUUGUCUACCACUGCCACGGCGUCGGCGUCGGCGGCGGCGGCGGCGAACGGCACGGCGACGAGCGGGUGCUACAGCCACCUGUUCACCUUCGGCAACUCGCUGAUCGACACCGGCAACUUCAUCCACUACUCCACGGCGCCCGGCCCCGUCGCCCUCUCCCCCUACGGCGAGACCUUCUUCCACCGCCCCACCGGCCGCUGGUCCGACGGCCGCCUCAUCGUCGACUUCAUCGUGGAGAGGUUGGGGUUCCCGUACUGGACGCCGUACUUGGCCGGGAAGAGCAAGGAGGACUUCCGGUACGGCGCCAACUUCGCGGUGGCGAGCGGCACGGCGCUGAACCAGCUGCUCUUCAAGAAGCACCACCUCAACGUCGCCUCCAUCACGCCCUACUCCCUCGCCGUCCAGCUCGGCUGGUUCAAGAAGGUCCUCGCCAUGCUCGCCCCCACUGACCAAGAGCGGAAGGAGAUCAUGACGAGGUCGGUGUUCAUGGUGGGCGAGUUCGGCGGCAACGACUACGUGCACCCGCUGUUCCAGAACAGGACGGUGGAGUGGGUGCGCCCGCUGGUGCCGCGCGUGGUGCGCUACAUCGCCGGCGCCGUCGAGUCCCUCGUCGCGCUCGGCGCCACCACGGUGUACGUCCCGGGCCUCUUCCCGCUCGGCUGCGCGCCGCGCCUCCUCUUCCUCUUCCGCGACAACCCCGCCGGCGACCACGACCCGGCCACGGGGUGCCUCCGCAGCGUCAACGACGGCCUCGUCGCCGUCCACAACGCGCUCCUCCGGCGCCGCCUCGCCGAGCUCCGCACCGCGCACCCCGGCGUCACCAUCGCCUACGCCGACUACUACGGCGAGGUGACGGACCUCGUCGCCGCCCCGGCGAGGAACGGCUUCGACGCCGGCUCCGCGCUCACGGCGUGCUGCGCCGGCGGCGGGCCGUACAACGGCAACUUCACCGUCCACUGCACCGACGCCGGCGCGACGAGGUGCGCCGACCCGUCCAGGUACAUCAACUGGGACGGCUUGCACAUGACCGAGGCGGCGUACAGGAUCAUGGCGCGCGGCAUCCUCGAUGGCCCCUUCGCCGACCCGCCGAUCAUGUCCAGAUGCCACAACUAAUAGGUGGUUUUAGUGGUAUAAAUAGACCGGCCCACGAACCUAUUUAUAGACCAAUUAAGUGGGUAGUAUAUCGGUUGAUGGGUCGAUCCAAUUACACCCUUAGGUGAAUCAUUGCUCGUUUACACGAACAAAUUUUGAUUCGCCAUCACCUAUUUGUUCUGAUAACAUUUUGUGUUGGUUUUUAUGUUGUAAUUGUACUGCAGUUAAGUUGGAAAAUAAAUGAAUGA